AUGCCGCACGAGGAACCGCUGCCUUUCUGGCUCGUCAACGUUCCGCGCGAUCAAUGGCCGACGGAAUGUCCAGACUUCCUCAAAGAGCUCGGAGAGAAGGACCGCCGCAUCAUUGGGACGCCUGACUCUGAGUACAAGAAGCUGACAUGGGAUGAGGUCAAGCAUUUCAUCAGCAUCAACCGGGUGGACAAAUUUCACCGGGUGCCAUCUGAGCUCAGGCGGUAUCGGCAGUUCACCCACCGAUUAGUGAAAGAGUACGGCAGCAUUAUGAAUUUCAUCGUGGGCGAGCGUCUGCAGUGGAAGACCAUGAGCCCAAAAGGGCGGCCGUUCGAAUGCGAUGACGACAUCAAGAUUUUGUACAAUGACUGGCCUUAUGGUAUAGAUGACAGGAUCGUCCACCUCGUCGUUUGGACCAAGUUCGAGCUCGAAGAUGACCCAGAGACGGGUCUGUCGACGCCUGCGUCCAACCAGGAGAUCGAUUCGUAUGUUCUCAGAACUUUCGGCAGCAGACUCAAACCUGAGAACUUCGCAUGGUUCAAGAACUGGAAGAGCUUGAAGAGUGUACAUGCAGUCGAACACUUCCAUAUAAUGCUGUACGAUCCUGAUCCGGACUUCAUGAAGGAAAUCACCAACAACGAUGUGCCGAUGACGGCAAAGUUCCCGUGA